AUGGAGAAACCCUCAAAAUCAGGCCGUAAUGAAUGUCUACCGUCAAAAGGACCCAUGUAUACUAUUCUGCCCUCAGCCGACCUUGCCUUGACUGGGAGGUAUCCCCCAAAGGCGUUCGAAAGCAUUGAAAGGCUCAAGGAAACAAUAAAAGCCGCCUUUAAUACACUCGAAGAGCAUGAUAUUGAUCAAUACCUGUCUCUAGGAUCUGUGUCUGAACAGGAUUCUCAACACCUGGUCAAGGACCGCCAGCAGCUAUGUUAUCCAGUGAGGUAUACAUACUUCCCAGAUAUUGAACCUCUUAUUGUCAAACUCGCCAUACAAAGGCAGAACGUGGCUCGCAUGACAUUCAGACGAGAGAUCACCUCCCAGUUAAGGAUCAUGAGUCUCGACAUCGAGGAACGUCCUGGCCUAUGGCCGUCCAUGCACGUUGGCCCUCCUGGUUCCGUGAAAGAAGCCGACGAUAGUUGGUCCCAUCCUUUAAUGGAAUCUAGGAACAAGAAUCGGCCAAAAAUCGUGAUUGAAAGUGCAGUAGCAGAUCCAAUGCCUAGACUCCGUCAAGGUGCCUCCUGGUGGAUAAAUAACUCUAACGGGCAAGUGCAGAUCGUGAUCUUGAUCAGUGUGCACAAAGAAAGUAAGCGUAUAGUAUUCGAAAAGUAUUUCCCCAAACCCAGUGUUCCUUCCAACACCGGGGCGCAAUUUAGGACAGCCUAUAGUCCAGACCUGAUUUCAACUACUGAAGUGUGCUAUGGAGAUGACCCUCCAACUUUCCAGCGCUUAGUGGGUAGAAAACCGGUGUGGUCUGAGAAAGAUGUCAUUCUGUGGCCAGAGCUACUCUUGGAAGUUGCUGAAGACAUCUUUGAAUAUGACGGCUCCCCCCCGGCUCAGACUGGCACGGCACAGCGCUCCCAUAUGUUAACCUCUCAUCUGAUUAGUGGAGGCACCCAUACUCCUGAUGCUCGACACCCCCAUUUCCCUUCACGUCAACCCGCCGACUUGUCCAUCGCGCAUGCAAUUCCUUCCAUCCUCCUAUCCAGCCAUCAUCUCCGGAGUCACAUCCCCACUGACCAAUGUCUCCAAUCAAAUACAGGCGACUACUGCGAUGUCUACCUCACGCACGACUCGAUGAGCGUGCGCAAGGCGCACAACGCCGGACGUAACCACCUCAGAAACGUUCUCGAAUACUACCAACAAAUCGGACAAGAAAAGGCCCAAUCGGUCAUCGACUCCAUCACCUCGUCCUACGCUGCCGAAGGCCAGGCUGUCCCGAACCCCGCGAUGGCUCCCCCGGGAGCUUACCCUCCUCCAUUUGGCUUCCCUGGUCGACCAGGUCAACUCCCUCCCCCUCCAUUCGGAAUGCCUCCUCUGGGCGCACCCGGCGCGCCGGGCAUGCCUCCUCCCCCCGGAGCAAGAGGCCUCCCCUUCCCCCCUCCCUUCCCCGGUCCAGCAGGCGCCGCCCCUCCUGCCGGUCUCCCUCCUCUUCCCAACAUGCCCCCGGGCGCCCAGGGCUUCCCUCCUCCGCCUGGCGGAUUCCCUCCUAACUUCCCGACCCCUCCCCCCGGUGCUGCUGCCGCCGGGUUCCCUCCGAUUCCUCCCCCAGGUCAAGCCCCAGCAGGAUACAGCCCCAGUCCUACGCCCGGGAUAGCCGGUCCUCCGGGACAGGAUGGUGGGUACGCACCACCGCCCGGUAUGGGCGCCGGUUUGCCUGGUCCGCCUCCGGGAUUGGGUGAUAAACGGUGA